CCGCCGCUGCCGCUGCUGCUGCCGCUGCUGCUCGGGACGGCGGCGCUGGCCCAGCCUCGGGAGCUGUCCCCCGCGGGCGCGCAGUGCCUGGAGCACGAGUGUUUCGCCGUGUUCUGGGCGUCCCGGCCCUUCUCCGGCGCCAGCGAGGGCUGCGAGCGGGGCGGGGGGCACCUCAUGACCGUGCGCUCCACCGUGGCCGAGGAGGCGAUCUCGCUGCUGCUGCAGAACCGCGAGGGGCGGCUCUGGCUCGGGCUGUCGCUGUCGCCCUCCUUGUCGUGCACCGAGCCCAGCCGGCGGCUCCGCGGCUUCCGCUGGGUCACCGGCGACCGCAGCACCGAUUACACCAACUGGGCGCCGUCGGGGCAGCGCUGCGGCGAGCGCUGCGUGACCGUGUCCCGGGACCUGCGCUGGGAGGAGCGGCGCUGCGAGGAGGCGGCCGACGGCUUUUUGUGCCAGUACAGCUACGGCGGCAGCUGUCCCCGCCUGGUCGCCCCGCAGGGCGUCCCCGUCACCUACGCCACCCCGUUCGGCGCCCGCGGAACCGAGUUCCUGGCGCUGCCCCCGCGCAGCGCCGCCUUCAUCCCCGAGCUGGGGCUGGAGCUGCGCUGCGAGGAUGGGGAGGGAGCGGGGCCGCGCUGGGGCCGCGACGCUCCGGGAGCGUGGCCGUGCCAUCUGGGCGGCGGCGGCUGCUCGGGGACGUGCGCGGAGGAGGGCGGGCGGCCGCGCUGCUCCUGCCCCGAGAACACCGUGCUGGGCCCGGACGGGCGCUGGUGCCGCUCGCCCUGCGAGGGGGCACAGUGCCAGCAUCACUGCGUGCCGGCCGAGGGCUCCUUCGUGUGCAUGUGCGCCGUCGGGUACCAGCUGGCGGCCGAUGGCGUCAGCUGCGAGGACAUCGACGACUGCGCCAGCGAGCCCUGCCCGUGCGAGCAGAAAUGCGUGAACACCAAGGGCGGCUUCGAGUGCCAGUGUCACAGCGGCUACACCAUGGUGGACGGGCACUGCCAGCGCCUGCCGCCCUGCUGGGACGCGCCGUGCCAGCAGCUCUGCGAGGAGCUGCCCCAGGGCUACCGCUGCGCUUGCCACCCGGGCUACGCCCCGCACCCGCAGAAUGCCACCCUCUGCCUCCUGUACUGCAACGCCACCGAGUGCCCGGCCGUGUGCGGCGCCGGCGGGUCCUGCGAGUGUCCCGAUGGCUUCCUGCUGGACGGCGACGAUCUGUGCGUGGACAUAGAUGAGUGCGAGAGCGGGCACUGCCCGUUCAAUUGCACCAACACGCCCGGCGGCUACCAGUGCCACUGUCCCCAGGGUUACCAGCUCCGCGACGCCGACUGCUUGCCCAUCCAGGGCGGGGAUGGCGAGGAAGAGCUCUCGGGGGGUUUCGAGCCCUUGCCGCCCACGCCGGUGCCCAGCCGGCUCCCGCCGAAAGCGGAGCGGCUGCACCCCGGGGUGCUGGUGGGCAUCGCCGGGGGUGCCCUGCUGAGCCUCCUGGCCCUGCUGGCUCUGGGAUUCCACCUGGCCAGGAAGCGCUGCCGCUCCCACGGCUCCAUGGAUUACAAGUACAGCGGCCCCCGCGAGAAGGAGCUGGGGCUUCAGCCCGUGCCCUCCGCACAGAAGCCCUAG